GUGUUGCGAACAAGCAUUGGUGUGGUUGACAAUCAUGAAUACCGCAGACAACAUUUGAUCUUUAGAAAGUGAUUUUACGACCGCAAACGGAAUGGCUUCCCAUCUUUCGGGAGAUCUAUCACCUACACUCCCUUCGGCUGAGGAUGAUGUCUUGCCCCUCCCUUCUAGGUUUGCUCUGGUUUUCCUGGGUCACUGGUCUCGUAAAAGGGAGAAGGAUGAUGCGAAAAUUCUGACGACGCCUAAUAAAGAAAACACCUACGGCACCAUGAACAAAUCGGAAGCUGAUGAAGAGAAAUGCAUAGGAGAUCCAUGGUCAUCGAUGGAUGACGAUACUUCGCCACUGAUCACAAAAGAUGCAAAUUUGAACUUCAGGAGAGACCAUAAUUCAAUUCGCAAGCGACUUACAGGAUGCUGUUUUUUAGACGUGCUCGGGAUCAUAUACCUCUUCCUUUCUUGUGGCAUGAUGAUUUUCGACCUGGAGGCGUAUUUGCGAUCUUACUGGGGCGUCAAGGAGUACGCUCUCCAUUUCGUCACGUAUACCACAUUCAUCGUCCAGCUCAUGGUCGUACCUUUCUGGUGUCUCUACACGCGUAUGAAAAACAUUAUGACCUGCAGUCGGAGCCAACGGAGAGUUUCGACGAUGUCUAGAGCUUUCAUCGCAUGUCGUAUCAACAUCAUACGUAGAGGGCGCUCCGAAGCGAAGAUUCUGUCAUGGUUUCCUUUCUUGUGCAUCCUGGCAUGGCCCACGAUGACGGGAUGCUUUCGAAUCUUGUACGACUACUUCCUUCGAGUCUGUAAGAGCGAAAGCAUCCAUGGUGAAGUAGGUCACUGGAAUUCACUUCUUGGGUCGAUCAUCUACGGAUGCUUUUGUUAUAUCAUAUACCUGGAGCGCAGAUCAUUCGAAAUCGAAGCACACCAGAUAUUUCGCUACGCCAUGGAGCAGGCGCCGUACCCGAAUGUCGAUGCAGUGCUCAGUCGGAUCCGUCACUUCAGCAUACAGUAUAAGAUACUCCGGCAGCAAAUCGGGGCGUGGAUGGCGUUCACCAUUGUGGUUUCCACAUGGGGACUGACUUCUCACAUCACAUGGAAUUACUUGGUGUUCAGCCAAAAGGAUCUUUCCCCCGACGUUCUCCGAACCAUUUACUUUCUCAAUGCCCUGGUCACCACACAGAAGAUCACCUUCAUCGCUGUGCCUUACUUUGCCCUAGGUGGCCUCAACAUGGAUCAUAUCUGGAGGUACUUAAAGGAAGACAUCACACAUUGCAGGGAACACAAGUACAAGAAGUACUGGAAGGCUGUCAUUAUUUACGUCAAAGAUAUAAAUAAGAUGUUUUCAGGUAAUAUGACAUCUUCUCUCAUAUCCACUGGUCUCGGCAUCUAUCUUGGAUUAAACCUUACAAAGAGUCAAGAUAUAGGCUUCUGGAUCGGUCCAGCUGCAGUCGGCUGUAAUCUGACAAACCCCACUGGAUUGUAGACCGCUUAAAAUCUCACCGACCUGUUCAAAUUAACACGUUAUCUCUAAAGAAAAUGUAAAUAAUAUAAAAUUCGGAGAGAGGGAAAAUAAAGGACAGUUAAAACUUAUCCAUCAUACAAAAUUCUGUUCAUGGAUUGGUCGAGAAAACCCUAACGUGAUCAAACAUAUUUGUACUAGAAGAGCAACCUUUUUCUAAUUUUCUAUAUUUGAGACGUAAGAUUGAGGAGUCUUAGUAUUUUUAGGCAAAUACAACAGUAUUGUAGUUGUAGUAAUCUCAAUCUUACUGGUCUCUUAAGGCUACGAAGGAUAUGCGUAGCUCUUCUUGAAAGUAGCGAACAGCUAGUUACCACAGACAAAUGACAGAGAAAAAAAUAAAUUAAACAUGUAUGAAAUCAGCUUAAACUGGUCUGUCAUGGAUAAUACUUUUUCGUAAAAUGUACAUAAUGAUAGGGCCUAUAGAAUUAAGAUGUAUUUUGGCUUGAUGAACUUUAAGUUUUGCUGCAUUGUUAAAAUGGUAAAACAAAUUAACAUAAGGUAGGCCCUAAAUGUGUUCAAGUGUUCUUAUUUUAUGUUUUCAGCAAAACCGAUAAUCGACAUUUUCCCCAAAUUUAAAGGAAUACAUUAUGUCUAAAAUAAAGUACGAUGUCCAUUGUCUAAUCGUAAAUUAGGCACUGAGAUUUACAAAUGAUAUCAAUUGUUAAUAUUAUUAUUGUUCUAAAAGUACUGCGGGUAUUUGGGUUAUUAAGUCUGUUCAAGGUUUGGCCACAUAUCAUUGUCUUUUUUAAAAAUUCCUUUCCUAUAAAACACAUCAUGUAACCCUGGAAAUGUGUACCAAAUGUUCUGCUUAUUCUCUCCCAAGCUCUAUUAUCUUGUUGUAUGCAGUUAUUUUGUCCGCCCAGAGUGAAAUACCUAGCACCUCUUAAAAUCCUGAUCUGCAAAUUUAACAACGUUAGAAGUGGGCGUAUGCCUACAAAUUUUCCUAUGGCACAGUUUUCAUACUUGAUCACAAUUUCUCAUUAUAAAUGUCAUUGAAUGUUUAAUGUUAUGGCUUAUUCUCUGAUUGAAAUCUGAUGCAUAAUGGAUAGAAAUUUGCCUUAUUCAUUUCGUCUAAAUCAAUGUGAUGAGCAACUGUCUUGUCAGCUAAAUGCGUAUAGCUUCUGUUUUAAACCUGUUAUAAAAUUUAAAAAAAUUAUGACAAAUAGUAUACGAUGCAUAUUUAUAUUUCUAGUGUUCACCUUAUAAUAUUUAUAUUUUUUUUGCAAGGUAUCUAUGUUUUGUUAUCAGUAUGUACAAAAUUGUUUUUCCCUUUCUUUCUAUCUUUCUCCCUUCACGUUCUCCCCCUCCUUCUCUCUCUCUCCCUCUCUUUCUCUUCUGUCCAACCACCUUUCUGGAUCUUUUCAUCUAUCUUUCCUUUUUAACUCAAAUUUUUAAAUUGUAAUAUUGUAUAAGAUUAAUGGUGUUCACGCUCUUUAUUAUUAUG